AACAAACUAGCAUGGACAAGAACUAGAUAGCAGAACUAUUAAAUAUACAUUUAAGCCAUUUUGGUUAUUUUAUUUUAUAGAUAACAGUUUGUUUGUGUUGUUAAUUUAACAUACGUUUGACUAAAGUUCGCUGGGUUGCAGUAUGGAUGUUCUUCGCCCACCCCUUAUCAAUAUAGGUGGAAGAAUAUAUCGUAGGAAUUUAAUUAAAGAAGAACAAUAUGAGGAAGAAGAUGAUUUCUCUUACAUUGAGCCAGAGAGUGAAGAGCUUGCAGAAGGUGAAGCCUGUGACGGCCCCUUGAUUGAACAGACAGAUAAAGGAUUCCGCUGUGCCAUUGAUGUCCCAAGUGCCCUUUACAAAUACAUCAUUGGGAAAAAAGGAGAAACACGCAGACGUCUGGAGGCUGACACAAAAACAUCCAUCAACAUCCCAAAGCAAGGAAUCGAAGGACAGAUUGUAAUCACAGGUUCCCAGAAAGCUGCGGUUUCAUCUGCGCUCACUCGGGUUGAAGUCCUUAUGGAGAGUUUCCGGAAGAAGCAGCCUUUCACUCAUUUCCUGUCAUUCCCUCUGAACCAUUCCAGUAUUCAAGAAGGAUUCCUCAGAUUUAAAGAUGAGGUGUUGCAGCACUGUUCGCAGGAUCACAGAGUUGAGGAAAGCAUCUUUCAGAAUCCUGCAAAGCUUCAUCUGACCGUUGGCACUCUGGCUUUGUUAAAUGACAUGGAAGUGAGAAAAGCAUCUGGAUAUCUUCAGGAGUGUCAAAGUUUCAUCAGGGAGAUCGCAGAAGGAAAGCCUCUGCAGCUGGAGGUGGCAGGUAUCGAGUACAUGAAUGACGAUCCGGCUAUGGUGGACAUCUUGUAUGUCAAAGUCAACGUGAAAGACGGAUCUGAAAAGUUGCAGACGAUUGCAGACCGGCUCGUAGAGCAUUUCGUCUCCGCAGGGCUGAUGGUCAGAGAGUGGGACAGGGUGAAGCUGCACGGCACUGUGAUGAACACUUUGUUCAGAAAGGACUCCACAGUGGCAGACACGGGUGGAGCAGGAAGGCAAACCACGGCUGAGAGAGAGGCUUUUGAUGCCAGAAACAUACUGAAGAAAUUUGGUUCUUUUCAUUUUGGGGAGUUUGAGCUGAAAACUGUCCAGCUGUCCCAGAGGUUUUCAACAGACUGCACUGGAUACUACACAUGCGCAGGGAGCGUCAGCGUCUCCUGAGCCUCAGCAGGGACCAGGAUUUUUUGAGGUCCGAGUGCUGUGUCGGGAUGGAUCAGGCUGUCUGAUGUUCAGUGGGGAAGAAGCAUUCAAAAGAUUUGAACAUGAGUGGAAAUAUGGUAACAUCGCUCCUCAAUCUUUUGCCAAAGAUGGUUGUAAGAUUGGGAUUUCAGUUGUGAUUUUCCUUCUUUUACCGGCAUCCUGUCUAAAGUUUACCAAGAAUAAAAACCUUGCAUCUUGGCGUUUUCU